AUGCUUGCUGUUUCACUUUCUAAGAACCCACAUAGCACAGGAACCGGGUGCGUCGUUGGCUGGUUCCGCCGACUACAAGGGUGGCAGAUCGAGGAUAUCAUUGAUGAAUAUCGUCAGGUUGCGGGAGCGAAAGCUCGUCACUGGGAUGAGAGAAUCAUUGGAGACUAUGAGCCAGGAGAACUCUGGAACAAAGCGCAGGAAACGCAUGUAGCUUAUAACCAGCUUCAGCUUCGAGAGCACGGAUUGGAGGAAUAUCGCUUCCGGUUUCCUUUCAUAGACAUGAAUUGA